GUUUACUCAGUCUCAUUCUCCCCUGAUGGCACUCGCAUCAUGUCUGGUUCAAAAGAUUCCACUGUCCGGCUGUGGAAUGCAGCGACAGAGCAGCAAUUCCAGGAGCACACUGAGAUCCACCCAUCUGCAUUAUCUUUGAGUGGACGUCCCACCACACCUCGCAAACAGGAAACUAUCAUGUUAGCCAACACCCGGAACAAUCACGCCAUUUGCUUCGCAUCAAGCUUGGAGCUUGCGCUGUACAACCCUGCUGAGCUGCUCGAGAGCACCUCUCAUCAUGACCUCAAUUCAACCCCUGUCUUGCUGAAAGAUGGAUGGAUGGUAGGAGCCGAUCGUCGGUUGCUUUUCUGGGUACCACCCCCUUCCCGACAACAACCAUUCUAUUCUCCCCGGACUGUGUUUGUGAUACCCAGUGGGCAAGAGAUUGAUUUGAGUCGCAUGGCUCAUGGAGAACACUGGUCGAAUUGCCGAGAUGUCGCUACUUGCACAUGAUCCAAUUGCUGUAAUAUCGAGUUGAGACCACCCGCCGACAACCAGACCGAGUAUGCCUCCAAAUGCUACCGCUAGUUCGUCAGAGUGCAUACUGAGUGUUAUGGAUCAAGUGAUUCCGUCAGGAGAUGUUGUUGCGUGCUGGUCGUCCUUACAAAUUGUCAUACGAAACCUUUCGAAGCCUGGGUGACCAUCGAGAAUCUUAUGGUAGUACUAGCCUUCUUUCAUGUGAAGCAUCAUCUUCUGACAACUUCAGCGAAUCGCUAUCGCACGUACGGGUACUGACUGACUCGAGUCCGACAGUAUUAUUAUUACUAACAGCAGGACCUUGUCGUGAACGUCACGCUGCAACGAGAACCUGUGUAGAUCUAGA